UGAGAGUAAAUAUAUCGUUUUCGGCACGUCGGGCGACGAAUUCUAAACAAUAUUAUUAUUAAUACAUAACAACGUUACCUGAAUGAAAUAAGAAAACUAAGCGUCAGUAUUUUAUGACUACGGCACUAAGCCGCCGAUAGCAUUAACGACAUUAUUACCUAACCGUUCUUUUUUCCGUUUUUGCCAUAAAAAAUAUUCAAUAAUUACUGAGACUCGUACUCGUUUGAUGUAGGUGGUGCAGACGUUGGCGAACACUUAUCUGCAAAAAAAUGAUGACGAACAACGAACAAGACGAAGAGCUCAAGCUCAGCAAAACACAUUUCGAUGCAAUCAAACUGUUGGAGGGAGCGUUACAAAAAAUGGACGGAAUUAUAUCUUCAGAUAUUGGGUGGCAUUAUUUUGGAAGGUUGACACAAUACCUUAACAAGAUUAAUUUUAUGCAAACCAGUUAAUUAAAACAUAAAAAUAUAAUGAAAUUGAUAUUCAUAUAUUAUGAUUGAUAGGCAAUUCAGUCUACUGAAGCCAUACCUGUUGGAGCCAACAUCAAAUUCAAAAUGUUUUACAAAUUUAAAUGGACAGACUGCAUUAAACAAUUUUAUUCAACAAGAAAAUACUGAUGAUUCUUCUGAUCAUUUAGAGUCAUUCAAGCUCCAAGUUUCUGUGUUAAAUAAUCAAGUUGAUAUUCUUUUAAGAAAAUUAAACCAUCUUGAAAAAUAUCUAUUACAGCAAAAUGAAUUGAGGAAAAAAGCUGAAAAUAGGCUCCAUGAGGAAAUGAUUUUAAAAUCAAAACUAGAAACAGAAAAACUCGAAGUUAUUGCUAUGCUUACUAAUUUAAAAUUAGUAAAUGUGAUGUUGACUAAAGAAAACAUGAAUCUGAAAGAAAUGGUAAUAAAUAAUCAAAAUGCACAAAAUUCAAUGACAUCAUCUUAUACAUCAGAUGUAAUAAACUCUCAGUUCCAACGUUCAAAAACCCAUGGAUCACGUUUCUAUUGCAGUUUGCCUCGACAUAAUAUAUCAAAAAAAAAAAAUGAAAACCAGAAUAUUAAUAAUGAGUUAUUAAAUGAUAUUACUGAAUCAUGUGCUAAUUUAAUGAACAGAAGAUCACAGUUUGACAAAUGUUCUUCAGCGCCAAAUUUAGUUGAUUCAAAAAACGACUGUAAAAAUGAAAAACUUUUAGAAAAUGAUUCAAGUCUCUUUUCCAGUACCAAAAUUUAUUCUUCUCAAAAUUCAAAUUUACUAUUGAGUGAACUAAAUCGUCAACAGUUGCAUGAUUGGUUCGCUGAACAAGGUAUUGAUUAUGUUUUAGAAGGAUCAAAAUUAUGGCCUACAUCUGGUAAAGAAUUGAUUUCUUCUUCCAUCAAUGAAAUUGAUGAAAAAUUUAAGUUUAAACAUUGGCUACAUAGAAAAAAGCUAAUUUUAGCCAUUCAAUUUGAAAAAGAUCCAAAUAAAUUAUUAUCUGAAGACAAAUAUCUGGCCAAAUCAAGAUAUUUAAAUACAUCUUGGGUAUUACAAUGGUUAGAUGACAUAGGUCUUCCACAAUAUAAAGAACCAUUUUCUCAAGCAGCUAUAAAUGGUACCCUUUUACACAGACUAACCAAAGAUGAUUUCCUAAUGAUGCAAUUUGGAAAUUCAGAUUUGCAUUUCUCUAGUCUCCGAUAUGGAAUUAAGGUGUUGAGAAAAAAUAAUUUUGAUCCAGAAUGUUUAAUCCGGCGGUCUAAUACUAACAAAAACGAUGACGACUGUAAUUUAUCACUAUGGACAACGCAUAGAGUAAUGGAAUGGCUUUGUAGCGUCAAUUUGGCUGAAUAUGCAUCUAAUUUAAGGGGUUCUGGUGUUCAUGGUGGACUAAUAGUAUAUGAUGACAGAUUUACUUCUGAGCUUCUCGCUGACAUUUUAUUCAUACAACAGAGCAAAACAUUAUUAAGGCGUCAUUUAAGCAUUCAGUUUAGUCAGUUGAUAGGAAAAGAUUUAAAUAAAAAAAAGAGAGAUGAUCAGUGCAAACCAAAGUAUAGACCUCUAACAAUAUCAUCUAAGACCAAAAUUCAGAAAAAAUCACAGUUUUCAUUGAAGAGGAAGAAAAAUAACAAUGAAUUGAAUAUUGGCGACCUGAUUUGUCCCAUUGAGGAUUAAAACUAGUAGUUUUAUUUUUAAGUAGUUAAACCAAAGUUAAAAUACUUUUAGUACAUGACAAAAAAGACUUAUUGCUUAUUAUAUUUUAUUAAUGUAUUUAAAUUAAUCAUAAUUGUGUUUGUUAAAAGUUAUAACAAAAAUUAACAAUUUCCUAACCAAAAAUAUAAUUAUAUUUUAAAAGUUAAGAUUUUUAUACUAAAAUUUUUAAAUAUUUUUGCAUAACAAAAAUUAUGUUAUAAUGAAAUGUAUUUUUAUUAGUAAGUAACAUAAAAAAGUAUUAUUUUGAACAUGAAUUUUUAUCUUCAAUA